CAAUUUUCUUCCUCCUGUUUCUUCACUUUCUCUAUCACAAUCAUUGUCUUCUACUAGUUGAGUAAUAUAUGUAUGUGUGUUCAGAAAAGAAAGGGAAUUUUCAUUAAGGAUCGAAAAAUUUCCUCAAGAUUUUUUGGUCAGUUAGUCAAAUAAAUAAGUGGAAUAAUAAACAAGCUAACAAGUCAGUUAACAAAUAAACUAACAGACAAGUCAGCAGAUGAACAUGGAUAGGCUGAAUUCAUUUAAAAAAAUAUUUCUCAUUACCCAGUCAAAGGACCAUGCCAGCCCUGGGCUUAAAAUAACAAUAAUCAUAAGAUUAAACAUAAUAAUGAACAUACAAAUGAAGAAGACUGUUUGUAUAUGAACUAGAAGAAUUGUACACACACGAAGUCAAUAUAAUUAGAUAAUAAAUAAAGUAUAUAUGACAAUCUACACACGUAUAUCAUAUAUAACUUUAGAAAAGAGGGAAAUAUUUGAUAAUGUGACAUUAUCUUAGAUUAUAAGACUCAAAUAUCAAAUAUAUAUUCUCUAUAUAAAUAAAUAUAUACAUAUAUAAGUUGAAAAAAUGUCUUAUAAUUCUGUCAAAAGUUCCCCAAUGACAUUAAUUAAAUUACAACAACCACACUCUUGGAUUAUUUCAUCAAGACAGAAUUACUUUUGAAAGAAAAAAAAUUUGCAAACAACCGUCCACAUUAACCUUUUUCUUUUCUUUACUAUAUUUAUCACUAAUUAUUGUUACCGAUGAUGUAAUCAAAAAAAAGUUUAAUCAUUGAAUGUAAACAAUCUUCCAAAUAAAUAAAAAAAUAAUAAAUCAACCGGUUUAAUUAAGAUAAUUGAGAUAUUUACAGAUGCGGAAUGUAUUUUGUAUACUUUGUACUAUUUAUGUGUGCAUAGAAAUAUUUACAUCGUAUAUUAGUUGUGUAGAGUCUGAUACUGAUGAAAAUGAUGAUGAACCGAGUGUUUACACACUAUCUGAUGAGAAACGUUUAAUUAAACGUCUAUUAAACAAAUAUCAAGCUGCAGGAAUAACCGGUCGUCCAGUAAAGCAUACAUCGGAAAAAGUUCUUGUGGAAAUGUCACUUUCAUUAAUACAAAUAUUGGAUUUAGAUGAAAAAAACCAAGUAUUAACUACAAGUGUAUGGUUAAAUUAUCGCUGGACCGAUCAUAUUCUGAAAUGGAAUCCAGACAAUUAUUCACAAAUUCAAGAAGUCCGUGUUCCAUAUAAGCACAUUUGGACACCAGAUAUUGUAUUAUAUAACUACGCCGAUGAACGAUUAAAAGAAAUGCGUGAUGCUAUGGUUAUCGUACAACAUACUGGAGAAUUAACCUGGAUUCCACCUGCAAUUUUUAAAUCUUCAUGUAAAAUAGAUAUAAAAUCGUUUCCAUUUGAUGAACAAACAUGUCAUUUGAAAUUUGGAUCUUGGACAUAUGAUGGAAAUAAAUUAGAUGUUUCUUUUAUUAAUAAUGAAGCACAAGUUCUGUUAAGUGAUUAUACAGAAAGUAAUGAAUGGGAAGUAAUUGCACGUCCAGCUUUAAGGAAUGUAAAAUCAUAUCCUUGUUGUCCAGAAUUUUAUCCUGAUUUAACUUUCUUUCUAUUCCUAAGAAGGAAUGCUGCAUUCUUUUCAUACAUUUUGGUUUUACCAUGUGUGUUACUGGCAUCAUUGACACUUGUCAUUUUCUGGUUACCUCCAGAAUCACCUGCAAAGAUGGUUCUUGGAAUGAACAUAUUUGUGGCCUUCUUUUUAUUGUUGUUAUUACUGGCCGAUUCUACACCACAAGCCUCAAACAGUGUUCCUUAUAUUGGUUAUUACUACUGUUUGAACAUGAUUUUGAUCACAUUAUCUUCUUUUCUCUCUGUAUUUGUGAUUAAUCUGUAUUUCCGUGGUGAUAAAAGAAAUAGGGUGCCACAGUGCUUGAGAAGGUUAUGUCACAUUCUGAAUGGUGUUUGUGAUGGUAAAUGCAGCUGUAAAGAAGGUGAUCAAAAUACACCUUUGGCUGUUGUUGUCAGUAAUUCAAAUUCUACAACAGUCAACCAAAAUAAAAACGAUUAUUCAUCACAAAUGGUACAAAUGAAGUCAGCAUUAGUUAAUUCAAACAACGAACAACAAGAUAUAUCAGGUUAUACUGGAUCUGUUAUUGGAAUGAAGCGCUCUAAAAAGGGUAAAGCACGUUUUGCUAUGGUACAAGAGAAUAAUGGAUUAAAAACCUUAAUUGUAGAUAAUUAUGAUUAUGAUACUGAUACUACUGAACAUAAACGAUAUCGACCAAAUCAGCGUCAUUGUGAAACACAAACUGAAGCGGAUAACUUUAAUAAAGAAUCGAAUUCACAACAGCUCAUGGGAUCAUGUCAUUGUCAUUCAAAAUUAUCAAAAAUACGCAGUCGUUCAUUAACUCCAUCAAAAUUUAAUGAUUGUGAUAUAUUAGGUAAUUCUCAACAACCUUGUACAUGUUGUCAAUAUUAUUAUCGAUCGUAUGCACCAGCAACUCAUUGUACUGUUUGUACUCCAUUACCAGUUAUAAAUACUUCCACAAAUUCAAGAAUAUUAAAUCCAAGAAUACAAAGUUCAAAACAUGGAAAACAUCCUGAAAAUUGUAAUGUUUGUAAACAACAUCUUAAUGCAUUAAUGUUUAAAACACAUCCUAAUGAUUAUUUUUCUAUAAAUCGUCAUUCAAUAACUAAUUCAUCUAUACCAUUUGAUAGUAAUUCACUAUGUUCACAUAUAAGAUAUGAAUAUCGUAAUGGUAGGCCUGCACUUAUAUCACCACAUGGACGUAAUUAUUUAAAUUCUAAUGAAUUAACGACUAAUCAUACAAAUUUACAAUUAAAAUCAUCUACAUUAGUUAAAACUACAUCAUAUUUAUCUAAUAAUAAUCCAUUAAUUACUAAUUCAACUAUAACAAAUAUGAAUUCAGAUAAAACAACAAUACAACAUUUACAAUUAUCAUCAACACUAUUAAUAUUAAUGAAAAAUAUAGAAAAUGAAGUAAAUGAUAUACGUUCAAUUGUUAAAUUAUUUUUAUCAAGAAUUGAUAAAAAAGAUACAGAAAAUAUUAUCAUAAAAGAAUGGCGUAUGAUAGCUAUUGUUAUGGAUAGAAUAUUUUUUAUAUGUUAUUUAAUUAUACAUUUAUGUGCAGCAUUUGGUUUAUUAAUACCACGUUCAUCUGAAUAUAAUGUUGUAGAAUUUCUACGUGAAUAUCGAUUAAAAAAUUAUAAUUCAACAUUUUUUGAAAAUGAAACAAUUACAAUAAAUAAUUAUCAAAUGAAAACAACUGAAUUACCUAAUAAUAAUAAUAAUCAAUUUAUUGGUACAAUAGAAAUCAAUAAACAAUUAAAUAACUUAGAUACUAAAAAAUCGAUAAAUUUAGAUAUAAUAAAUAAUGAAAAAACCAUUUUAAUUAAUGAAAAUAAACAUAAAUAUGAUAUGACAAAUUCAUUGGAUAAUAUGAAUAAUUAUUUAUCACCUUAUCAACGAUUAGUUGAUCAACAAUCAAAUAUAUUAAAACAAUAUACUGAAGAAAAUAUUAUUGAUAAUGAUCUAAUUUUACGUAAAUCAGAUCAAUUAAAAAAUCAAUUAAACAAAAGAACUAAUGAUCAUGAAUUAAAAAAAUCUAAUUGA